GAUGGCUGCGCCCAUGUGGAAAAACGAAGUUACCAAAUAUGUCAAACUUUUGGAUAAUUCUGCUGUAGAAACGUUAAGCAAUGGCUUGCAAGAAAAAUCCAUCUCCCUGCUGGAACUUAUUGAAAAUGUAGGGGAGUACUUGACCAAUGAGGAUCACCAGAUAAGGGGGCAUGUCAUCAAACUCUUGUGUGAUGUUAUCUCCAUCAUCCCAAACACACUGCUGUCUCCAAUGGAAGUAAAGUCGUUGGUGACGUAUUUCUGUGAGAGACUUCAGGAUCAUCACUCCAUACAACCCCAAGCGCUGAGAGGACUACUGACAUUG